AUGAUGAAGCAGUCGUUUUAUGGUGCUCGAUAUCAUCCCUCUAUCUUUGAUAUUCUUGAUGCCCGUAAGUGUUUCUUUUCACCCAUAUUCUUUAAUUGUUUUUCUACAUUUGCUGCUUCCAACAACCGAAAUUGUAAAGAAGGUACUAAAAUCAAAACCCUAAAAGAUGCAGUUUAUAAGUUUAAUCAUAUGUUCUAUCGUAAUCCUGUUCCCCCUAUCCAAGAAUUCACUAAGGUCUUAGCUUUUAUUGUCAACAAGAAGCAAUAUGCUGCUGCAAUUUCUCUGAUUAAAAAAUAUGACUUCUUAGGAGUCGACCCUUUUCUAAAGCCCACCAUUUAUGUCUUCAACAUCGCAAUCAAUUGUUUUUGCCACUUGAAAAGAGUGGAUUUAGGAUUCGUUGUGCUGGGGAAAGCCACGAAACUUGGCUAUGGUCCUGAUUGUGCGACAUUUAAUACACUCAUCAGGGGACUCUGUGCUAACGAUAACCUUCAUCAAGCAAUCAAAUUAUUCAAACAAAUUGUGGAAAACGGGUUUGAACUAAGUGUAGUAACUUAUGGAACAUUGAUAAACGGUCUUUGCAAAUCAGGAAAUACUAAUGCUGCUAUCCAAUUGCUCAGACAGAUGGAAACAUCUACAUGUAAACCCAUGAUUAUCCAGUAUAGCACCAUCAUAGACAGCCUCUGCAAGAAUAAACAAUUUGAAGAAGCUUUGAAGCUUUUUUCUGAAAUGAACACAAAAGGCAUUUCACCAAACGUGGUAACUUACACUUCCUUAAUUCACGGUUUGUGUAAUUUACACUCAUGGAAAGAAGCAAUGAGAUUGCUAAGUGAAAUGCUUGCUAAAAACAUCUCACCUAAUGUACACACAUUUACCACUUUACUAGCUGCUAUGUGUAAAGAAGGGAGAGUAACUGAAGCCCAAAUUUUGCUUACAUUGAUGAUCCAAAGAGGUGAAACCCCCAACACUGUCACAUUCAAUGCAUUGAUGGAUGGUUACUGUUUACUUGGGAAAGUAGACACUGCUAGAAAGCUGUUUGACUCCAUGGUUGACCAAGAUUGCACGCCUUCGGUUAUCAGUUACAAUAUCUUAAUCAAUGGGUACUCUGAAACCGAAAGAAUUGAUGAAGCCUUGAAUGUUUUUCAAGAAAUGUCCAAGAAAGGUACUGAUCCUAAUCUUAGAACAUACAAUAUACUCAUUGGUGGUUUAUGUCAUGUGGGCACACUUGAUAAGGCACUUAUGCUUCCUGUUGAAAUGAAAUCUCAUGGUUUAAAUCCAGAUAUUGUGAGUUACAAUACUAUAUUAGAUGCACUUUGUAAGAACAGAAGACUUGAUGAGGCGUUAAAGUUGUUUAAAAAUCUUGAUGGUGAUGGUGUUGUUCCUGAUAUUGUUACAUGCAAUUGCCUGAUUGAUGGUAUGUGUAAAUCUGGGGAAACUGAUCAUGCAUAUGAGUUCUUUUUAGGUCUUUCUGCUAGAGGCUUGAAACCUAAUGUUCGUACAUAUAACAUUAUGAUUGAUGGAUUCUUGAAAAUGGGUGAACUUGAUAAAGCAAAUAUGUUGUUUCUUGAAAUGAAAGAAAAUGGUUGUCCAGCAGAUGAGAUUACAUAUAAGAUUAUGGAGCAGGGAUUUCUGAGAGUGAAUGAAACGAGUAAAGCUGUUGAAUUUAUGAUCAAUGGAUCACUCGAGACAAGUUUCUCUGUGGAUGCAAUGAAGUUGUUAAUUAGAUUGUUGUCAACCAAGGAGUUAAAGGAUUCUUCCAGCUAA